CUUGCCAGUCCCACCAUUAAUUGAAAGAAAUUGCAGCACCCAAUCUCGUUUUCUCUCUUUCAAAACUCUUUUCGGUGGAGAUGACUUCAUUGGCAUUUUCAGUUGGAAAUUAUACUCCAAGAAAGCUCAACAUACCCAUUUGUAAUCUUAACACGGCAGAAGCAUCAAAUUUCAAAUUCAAAUUCUCAAGCCAGAACCAAGACAGUUUUGUUUCCUUACUGCAGCUAAAGGAAAGCCAAGCUUUGCUCAAAAGAAGAGAAGCAAUUAGUGCUGGCUUCCUUACAGGUAUUGUUGAUGUUUUCUUGCAACCACUAACCACUGCAGCACCAGCAGAAGCAAAAGCAGAAGCAGAAGCAGGAGCAGGUCUAUGUGAACUAACUGUAACACCUUCUGGCCUUGCCUUCUGUGACAAGGUUGUGGGGACUGGCUCUGAGGCUGUCAAGGGACAGCUCAUCAAGGCACAUUAUGUUGGGAAAUUGGAGAAUGGCAAGGUUUUCGAUAGCAGUUACAAUCGAGGAAAGCCUCUCAUAUUUCGUGUAGGUGUUGGUGAGUUUUUUCCCCAGGUCAUCAAAGGCUGGGAUCAAGGUAUUCUAGGCGGUGAUGGAGUUCCUCCAAUGCAAGCUGGGGGAAAACGAAUCCUGAAGCUUCCUCCAGAGCUAGGAUAUGGCAUGAGAGGCGCUGGAUGCAGAGAAGGGUCGUGCAUCAUUCCUCCAGAUUCAGUUCUCCUAUUUGAUGUGGAGUUUAUUGGGAAGGCCUGAGCGAUUGAUCACACCAACUUACAAUCCAUACAGAAGUCAUAGAGUCAGUUGCUUUUUGAACCCUAAAGAGGAUUAAUUAUAGCUUGUUUGGUUUAUGGGAUUCCAAUUUUAGAUUUCAGAUAUGGAAUGUAUGUCUAAUUUUGCCAUAUCAGUGAUUGAGCUGCAUAAAUAAUAGGUCUGAAAUCCUGAUUUAAUGGUUAUGAUUGAUGAUAUGGGGUUUUGAUUA